UUAGUUUACUUUGAGACGGCAUCGCAGGUGGACGUGUGGAGAGUCAGCGGUCGAAACGAAUACGAAUACGAGCGUGAGCGCGUUGAGAACGAAACGUAGCGUGUUUUUUAAAUACACACAUACAACAACAAGAGAAAAAACAACAACAACUACAACGUCAGUGUUUGCGUUUGGUUUUAUGACGCGGCGGUCGAGUCAGGUAGUUUCUUCGAUUUUGGUUGUUCUUUUGAGUGAAUUUUAAUGUCUGACAAAAUCAUCGAGCGUGUAAAUGUUGCUAACAAGUACAAAGUAUUCAACAUAGACGCGAUAAAUGAAUUCGAUACUCGAUUCUAACGAAAAUUAAAGUGUUUAAAAGCGCAGUAACUACGGAUACGAUUCUUACUUCUUCUUCAACUUGGAUUACUCAUCUCAGCUAGCAGGAGCAACGACCAGGAGGCCAAUAGCGACAUUUCACUGUCGUCGCGGUUUCUCCACCACAUCCACCAACAAUCCACGAUCGUCUGUCUCGCUCGCGCGCAGCUAAGACUAACUUUACGAAAUCAAAACCAGUAUCUGAGCCAAUGUAUCUGUAAGAUACACUACACAGGCCCCACAGCGCAUAUUGGAAUUUACUUAACGUGUAUGCGACGCACGCACACACACGCACAAACACGCAACGACACGCACACACACGCAUACAUUUAUUGUUGUCUUUUUGGCGUUGUACUUUGUAUUGUAGUUUGCGCUGAUGGCUUUGCAGCAGCAACAGAGCAGCGCCUAAAUUUAUUGGCCCCAUAUUGAUUAUCAUACGUUUGUGUAUUGGCCCCAAAGGUUGGAGGCGCCACCACUCUUCACCGCCGGCACCAUGGACGCCAAGAAGCUGCAACAAUUGCAGGCGGUAACGGCGCAGCAGCAGAAAAAGUUGCCGCUGGCGUAUCAGACGAAUCUCAUCGACUAUCGCACGGCCACACACUCUCCGGCUGGCUACCAUCUGCCGCCCCAGGCGCUCUACCAGCAAUCUCCCACGGCCACCUCGUCCAGCGGUGGAGGUCCACUCUCGCCCAUUGAUAUGCAGCCGCAGGCUAAGCACGGUCUAUUAAAGCACGGACACGGCGGCAAUUCGAGCAGCUCACACAGCUCACCGUAUCAUCAGUCGUAUUCGAGUAGCGGAGGAACUGGUGAACAGAUCUAUCAGUCACCCACGGAGCGCACAUAUUUGGCUGCUGCCGGGCGACUGCAGGCGAGCAACGCGACCGCCGGGCAACAUCCCAUAUCAGCGCUGCAGGCGCAGUACCAACAGUUGCAGCAGGCCAAGAUGCAGGCACAGUUGGCGACGCAGAGUGAGGCAGUGCAGCAGCAGCAGCGGACUUUCGCCAUGCGUCAGGCCAUGAAUCCACCAACGAGUCAUUAUCACUUGAGUCAAUCGCCCAGCAUGGUGUCCAACAUGACAAUGCAGCAGCAACAACAGCAAUUGCAACAGCAGCAGCAGCAGCAACAACAACAACAGAGGGCGCCACCUUCUACACUGAAUCUAUCAAAUCAAUAUCCAGCUGCCGCGGGGCCUUUAAAAUUGCAGCAGCAGAUGCCCAAACACUACCAGGAGCAGCUCUAUGCGCAGCAGCAGCAACAGUUGCAGCUGCAGCUGCAACAUCAACAGCAGCAACAGCAACAGCAGCAGCUGCAACAACAACUCCAGCAACAGCAGCAACAGCGUCAUAAGCCCGAGCUGCAGACUCCUGGCAGCGAGCAUGGACCAGUCUACAUCCAACAGAAUCAUCCGGGACAUGUUGUCAACCAGGCUUGCCAGACCCAGAUAUCGGCUGUCAAGCCGAAGCCAACGCCCAGCUCGGAGGAAUCCUCAACGGCAUCAACACGCAGUCCGACGCAUGCGCCGCUGGAUCGCAAGAAGAGCAUUGGUUCCAUACAGGCCCUCAAAUCGCCCAUCACAAAGCGACCGCCCACAACACCCGUCACCCUCUCCGGCUGGUUGCACAAACAGGGCUCCGACGGACUGAAAGUGUGGCGCAAACGCUGGUUUGUGCUGGCCGAGUACUGUCUCUACUACUACAAGGGGCCCGAGGAGGAGAAGCUGCUGGGUUCGGUGCUGCUGCCCUCGUAUCGAGUGUCCGCCUGCCUGCCGGAGGACAAGAUCUAUCGCAAGUUUGCCUUCAAGUGCGAGCACCAAAACAUGCGCACCUAUUGGCUGGCCGCGGACAAUGCGGAUGCCAUGAUGCAGUGGGUGCGUGCUCUGGCGGCAGCCAGCAUGAUGCAGGCGCCCAGCAGCGGUGAAUCGGAGCCCAGUGUCAACUCGUCGCUGAAUCACAGUGGCGAGAACUCGGACUCGGGCAUACAUACGCUGCAGUCGCAGCCGGGAAAGGGACAGCUGACGCCGGCCUCGGAUAAUGCCGGAGGUGGCAAUGGCGGAGGAGGAGGAGGCGGAGCUGGUCAGCCGUUGUAUGCCAAUGCACCGCCAAAACCAAGACGCAUCAAUGACGGCGGCUACUCGUCGCCAUCGCCCGAGCACAACGAGCAGCAGCCACUGCCGCCUAGUCGCCGCCAAGGUGGUGUCAUGUCACCCACGCAGCAACUCUACCAGCAACGAUCUCAGCAGCCACAGCAGCAGCCACAGCAGCCGCAGCAACAUCACGCCAUCUACGACACACGCACGGGGCAUGUGUCCACGGCGCUGCAGCUGCAGCAGGCACAGCAGCAGUACUCGCUGGACCAUCUGGAGGCACAGUUCCAGCAACAGCAUCUGGACAUGGAGGAGCAGAUUGCCCGGCUGCAGCAACAGCGCGCCGUCGAGGAGCUCUAUGGCGAGCGGGAUCUCUACAUGGCCAAGCUAAUGCAACGCGGCGCCGUCGCUGGUUAUCCCACACAACAGCAACUGCAGGCGGAGCGACGCACUCCAGAUGCCUAUGGACGCUCCAAGCAGCGCAUGUUUGCCGCUGCCGCCGCUGCCGCUGCCUCUGCUGCCGACUAUGAGGACAUCUACAACAUGUCGCAGUUGGCGGGAGCAGGAGGCGCAUUGUCCGCUCAUGAAGCGUUGCUGCAGGAGGCGGCCAGCUAUAGACGACCACUCAGUCCGCCCAGCUACGAUGGCAACAAACAUGUGCCAGCCAUGCCACAGCGCUAUACACCUAAUCAUCUGGAGCCGACGGCUGCCGAUCAACUAAUCAAUAGCAUGGAUUUGCGUGCUCGUUCCGCCGCUGCCAUUGUGCGUCCGCAUUCGGCCGACUUUCUGGAGUAUGAGGCGCGUGCCGAGGCAGCCGCUGCAGCAGCGGCCGCAGCUGUUGCCCAGAGUAAGCACGAGACGGGACGGACACCACGACCCAAAUCCAGUUUGGACAUUAAUCGCACACCGGACAGCUUUUACUACUCGGAGGCCAGUUACGCGGCGAAGAUGCGCAAGAGUGCGCUCUACUUGCAAAGUGGUGGCGGCGGCGGCGGGGGGAGUGGUGCAACGGCUCAGCCACAGCAGGCGGGCAGCUAUCGCACCAGCAGCGGUGCUGUGGCAGGCGAAUUUGGCAGCGGAGUGCACACCAUUGGCUAUGAGAAUCCAUAUGAGCGUGCCUACAAGCGGCAGGAGCUGCUGGCCGAGGCACAGGCUCAAGGCAGCGCCGCUUGCAGCAUGCCACGCAUGAGUCGAUCGGCCAGUCAGGGUGCAGGUGGUGCCGCCCGAUCCGUUUCCACGCACGCCCAGCAACAGCAACAGCAGCUGGAACAAGAGCAAGCAGCAAACGAGGACUUGCCACCGUUAAAUGUGCAUCCGGGCUCGAUAUUCCCACCCUCGAUGUCGACCCAGGAAAUCAUCAGCAAGAACGAGCAAUUUCUGCGCUCGGCGAGUGCUCGGCUGCCCAAGCGUCAUGGCGGCAUGGACGAUGAUUAUUCGGCCAACAACUCGGUGACGACAUCGCCCACAUCGGCGGCACCAUCGCCCCACAAUCCACUGGAUGGUGAGCGCAAACGCGAGGAGUCCAUGAAGCGACUGCUGGAAUGGAAGCAGCGAAUGCUGCAGUCGCCAUUGACACGCAAGGGCAUCCAGCAAGGUGGCAGCAACAUGUCUGCCAUGUCCAAGCUGGGCAGCAAUCCGAACAUUCUGCUUGCCUCCACGGCGGUGGCAAGUGGCACGCGAUAUGCGCCACAUGCCGGCAAAACGGGACUCGUUGCUGCCACAGCUGCCACAUCCAGUCCAAGUCACGCUGGCAUCCAGCGUUCCAGAUCGGAAACUCAGGCCAAUGUCGCACCUGGCGGAGUCUACAAUAAUUACUCGUCGGAUGAUGAGGAAGAUGCACAGAGCGCAGCUGGGCCUGUGGAUGAUAACAUAAGUGUGACGGCAGGAAGGUCAGCAACAACAACAACAACAAGCACACAAAACACAACAGCAACAACAACAACAACGAUAGCAACGACAACAAUAGCAAUAGCAACAACAACAGCAACAUCAAGUUUAAGCAACGUAAGCGCAGCAACAACAACAAUUUCCAGCUGUCCACAAUUCCAGUUAAAGCCGAUACUUAAGGUGCAUGAGGCAAGCAGAACUCCCAUUAUACAGGUGCAACCCAAGCAGCCCAAUGUUGCAACAGAAGAGGAGGCAAGCGACAAGCGACAAGUGAAACCCAAACUGAAGCUACAUUUACCAUUAGCAACAGCAAACAAGCAUGAGAAAGAGAAUGAGGAUGAGAAUGAGAAUGUAUCUGUGCCCAUUUUGCCCAAGAAGCGAGCUCCCAAGUCACCGCAGAAUGCAAACUAUGUGCCUGUGUACAGCAACAAGCUGGUCAGCAGCAGCAACUAUGAGAAUAUUGAGUAUGCAAAGGGGAUGAUUAACAAUGCCGAGGAGACACCCAUGUUGAUGCAGCUACAACUGUACAAAGAGCAGCAGCAACAGCAGCAGCAGGAGCAACAGGAGCAGCAGGAGCAGCAGGAGCAACGGGAGCAACAAGAGCAGCAGGAGCAGCAGACUGAGGAGGACUUGACGCCCACAGCGGAAUCAAAGCCUGUGCCGGGCGAGUCCAUUGAAGUUGCAACUGCAGCUAAACAAGCUGCAGAUGAUGAAGAGAAAGACAAAGACGAAGAUGAUGAUGAUGAUGAGGAUGAGAGCACCGCCUGUGAGGAGUAUACAGAUGAUGACAUUGAUGAGGCUUUGGCACAGGAUGAUGAUGAUGAUAAUGAUAAUAAUGAUAAUGAGGCUGAAUCUGUCAGCAUUGAUGCUAAUUUGCCCAGUGACAAGGAGCUGCAACAGCUGUAUGUAAAUGAGCCUAUUACGCCCACAGAUCAGCAGUUGGAUGAGAGUCAUUAUCUGCCCAUGACACCCAAGAAGCUGGAACUGGGUCAACCGGGCACAUUGAGUCUGGUGAGCUACACCGAGGAGGAGAAUCAUUAUGUGGAAAUGACCAAAGGCCUCAAUGACAACGACAACGACGACAACAGGAGCAACUAUGAGAUUAUGUGCAUUUCCAGCAACGUCACCAGCAACGUCACUAGCAAAGUGAACAAUGUGGAGCCAGUUUAUAUGGAAUUGGCUGGCGCAGUCGCUGAGGAGGCACACUGCUCCUCGGGACGCUCCACGCUGAAGAAGAGCAAAAAGAGUGGCACGGAAACGCUGAAAAAGAAGUCAAAGAAACGUCAGGGUAAGGAUAUACCCGACAUUCUGAAGCCAGCCAAAAGUGCGCUCGCCAGCGACAGCUCCGAUGCGGAUGAUGAGAGCAGCAAACAGCUGCAGCUGGAGGCCAAAAGAUUGCGUUCCCGCACCCGUUUCAGUCUGUCGGAUACGUUUAGACCUGCCUCAUAUUAUCUGGGUGCCUCCACGCCGCUGAACAACUAUGCCGAGAGCUCGGACAGUGAGAUAUUGCCACCACCGCCAAUACCGGACUCACCGCCGCCCAUGGAGGAGCUGAAGACGGAGGAGAUCUUCUCCUCGGAGCACUACGACACCGUGAAGCGACGUGACAGCAGUGGCAGCAAAGUGCAUCUGUCCUACGAGCAAUUGCCGAAGAUGCACGCCAGCAAUACGUCGCUGGAUCUGCCCAAAAUGGAGCCGUGCACCGCCACGCUGAAGAGCAGUCGCCUCUCGCUGCCCGAUCACUUUGCCAAGGUGCGUGGCACGCCGGAGCAACAACAGCAACGCAGGGCGACAGCUCUGCUGGCAGCUGGCAACUCUGGCCACUCUGGCAACCCUGGGCUGGCAUUGCUGCAGCAGCAACAUGCACGCACCUUGUCGGACUCCAACUACAGCUGUCAGACGGACAAGAGCUCCUCGCGCACCUCCUCCGACCUGGAGCUGUAUCGCAAGCUGCUGCCCAUGCGCCCGGUGGGUGACAGCAGUGAGAGCGAGUCCGUGGAGUUCCGCCAGCGCUCCGACUCGGAGCUGGAGCGGCAGCGAUCACGGCGUCCGCUCUCGCAGGAGUCCAUAAGUGAAAUUGAGUCGAUGAGCGAACACUUUGAGGAAACGCUGAGUAGUCAUGAGCUGGACACGUAUCUCAGUCAUUUGCAGGGCGGUGAUAUGCGUCCCUAUCAGCAUGCCACGCCCACCAGGCAGCAUGAACUGCUAAAUGAUGCAACUGCCGCUGCUGGCGCCAAUAUACUCACGAAUCUCAUCAAGCCACCAAAGACCUUUCGCAAUGCUGACGAGGAUGAGCAGCAUUUUUAUGGCAAUAUACAUUUUCUAUCCUCCACCGACUCCAUACAGCAACUGGGCAGUGUUGCCGAGGGUGCGGCAGGUGCCGCAUGCCUCACCCCCCUGCACAGUCGCAACAACAGCAACAUCUCCACUCAGUCAGCGCCAUAUUACUACUCGGAGCUGCCGGCACCGGCACUGCCGCUGAACAAUCAGCGGGAUAUUCAUGCACAUGGUUUGAAUAUCGCACACAUCAUACAUAAUCCCAUCGAUCGGCUGCAGUUCAACAUGGAUGCGCUGGUGGACAAGGAUCAGAGCAUCGAUAGCAAGAAUCUGUACAGCGUCAAGGCCAACAAUGAGAAGCUCAGCUACAGCUGCAACAAGAAUCUCAAGGUGAAGCUGAACAACAACAACAUGCCGCCAGAGAUUGUCGCUGAUGAAAGUCAUUCACUAAACCAAUCACAUUCAUAUCUUACAACUACUAAAAAUACAAAUGUCGUUAGUAAACUGACUACUGGUGGUAGCCUGUUGGAUGAGGAUGAAGAUGAAGAUGAAGUUGGUGGUGAUGGUGAUGUCGACAAGAGUUUGGCAGCUGAUUCAAAUGCAAAUCCACUCUCAGUUCUAGGUGGAGAGCUGCUCUGGGAGGAGGAUGCAUUGUGGCGUGAGAGUCUGCGUCGCGUCUCACAGCGUCAUGCGCGCUCCUUGGAUGAUCUUGAUCGCAUCGCUGUGACAGCAGCACCAAUACCAAUACCCACACCAGCACCAAUCACCACAGCCAUCAGUCAUGCCACCAAGACAAAGCUUAGUCGUGAUGUGACCUAUGUGAAUGACUGUCUAAAGCCGCGUCUCAGUGAUCUGCUGUCCACGUCAACGUCAACGCCAACAUCUUCGCCAGCCAGCGAUGAGCAUGAUGUCUAUGUACAGCUGCUGGCCAACACUGCGACUGUUAACCAGGCUCAAAACGACUCAGAUCUUUAUGAAGUGCUGCGCGAGGAAACUGGCUCAAAUUUAUCACACAAAUCCAACGAGUUGGAUCGCGAAAACAUACGGCAAUGGGAUGCCAUGUCCAGUGGCCUGAUGAAGAGCAACAACAAUGUGGACACAGCCACGCCCACAUCGACAAGAACGCCCACAUCGAGUGGUCCAAUGCUGCCACUGACCAGCAAUGUGCGCUCCAUAAUUCAACAGCUGAAUGGCAACAAUGAAGCUAAUGCCAAUGGUAAUCCCACUCUUUCAGCCUCGAUAUCUGUGCGCAAUGUGAACAACUUGCCCAAGGGCAAUCUCACGGUUAAACCGGAUCCCUCAGAUGCACAGAUGCAUGAGUCAGCGUUUGAACAUUAUGAUCCCUAUUAUGGCAAUGUACAGGAAACCAAAUACGCCAAGGCGACAAUGCUGACGGACCGUGGCAUGUAUGGAAAAUCAGUUGGCAUGGCAACAUCGACGCCACAGCAGCAACAACAGCAACAGCAACAACAGCAGCAAAUGCAGUUUGGCAUGAGACGUGCAGGAAGUCGAGCUGAAAUCGAUAUGUUGGAGCGUGAGACGAGCUCUCAAAUAAGGAAUCGUCUACGUGGUGCGGAGGGCUUAACACGUGCGGAGAGUAUUCAACGACUGGAUUAUCUGAAGCAGCAUUUACUGGACUUGGAACGUCAGUAUGAGAAGAGCAAGCCGCUGGUCAAUUUGGUGGAUAACAUGGUCAAGUUGGGCUCCCUCUAUCGCAAUGAUGCCAAUGGUCGAGCACAGCCAGCGACUUUGGAUCGCAUGGAGUUCAAUCAGCGCAUGCAGGAGCGUCAAAUGCUGCAGGAGGAGCAAAAGCAAUGGGAUCGUCUGAGUCCCAAUCAGGCAGAGUUACAGGCCAAGGUACGUGAGCUAUAUCAGCUGGAUCAGCUGCUGCAGGAGGAAUCGGGCAUACUGCAGAGCCUGCAGCGUGACAAGGAGGAUCUGGAACGCGCUUUAGGUGGAUUACGGGCACGCAUACAUGACAACAAUGCCACGCCCAUGGCCUUGGAGGCGGCCAAGAAGCAGCAGCACAUACUGGAACGAGAGCUAUCACGUGUCCAUCAACUGCUGGCCGAGAACUCAAAGAAACUGGAGCAGACCGUCGCAGGCAACGCGCGUCUGGAGCAGGAGCUGCUGACACUCCGGCAGAAGGUGCAGGCGACACGUAACCAUGAGGCAAAUACUGAUGCCUCCCAGGUGAAUGGCAAUCAGACGGCUGCGGUUCUACAGUCGGAGUUGGAACGGGUUCAGUCACUGGUGGGCGAUAUGUCGCGUCAGAGGCAUGAGCUCAGCUCGGCGGUGCGCCAAUUGACGGAGAAUUCGACGCGCUUGUAUCAGGAGAUUGGCAACAAGGAGUUGACAGCGGCUAACGGAGCUGCCACCUCCAAUGGUAGUCUGAAGAAGCGGAGUAACUCGACUUGCUGGACGGAGACUGAUCUGGAUGCCAACAUGCUCAACAGCGGCAGUCAGCAGCAUCUCAAUGACUCGACCUUGAACCUGUCCACGCCACUUUACGUGGACACCAAUAACUCGGCCAAGCUGAGCGAUUAUAAUCGAUACAAUGGCAGCAGUGAUGCGCUGGAGUUGAGCGGUGUUGAUAGCGAUGGUUUUCUCGACAGCAAUCCCUUUGCCAAUCUCAGCAAUCUGGAGAAACAGGAGAUCAAAACGGUGCGCAUUGUGAAACGCGAAUCGGAGCGUCGUCAUCGGGAUCGCAGCGAGCGUGGAUUGAGUAACUCCACCCAGAAUCUGGAUCAGGUAAUGGAAGAAGAGCACUACGCUCAGCAGCAGCAGCAGCAGCAGCACUAUGCGCACAGCGUGGAGGAGCAGAUGAGCAAUGGACACCACAGCAGGUCCAAAUCUCUGCCGCGUAACUACAACGAUCCGCCGAAGCUGCGAAACAGUAGGCACAUGAAUGGCAAGCAGAAUGGUCAUCACUUCAACGGCGGCAAUGACUACGAUCGCAAUAGCAACUACGAACAUCAGGCGCCACCACCGCCAGCACCACAAAGCAAUGGCCAUCAUCAUCAUCAUCAUCAACAGCAGCAGCAGCAGCAGCAGAAGGAUCAUCUGAAUCCCCUGGCAAAUGCCUAUUUUGCCAAGCAACUGCAACAACAGGCACAUCCUGCCCGGGACAGUGCUCGAGUUGCACUGCGCACCAAAACCGAAUCCUUGCAGAGUCUGAACAAGAGCUUAACUGACAUCAGUCCGGAGCCGGUGUUCCAAAGCGUCGCAGCACGGCAAAUUAUUAACGAAAUGUCCGCUGGAUCGGCCUCGGAGGAUACCGAAAAGAUUGUUGAACGUGUGCCACCACCACACAAGCAUCGACGAGCUGUGCCGCGAGAGAAGAGGCGACACUACACGGCACCCAACAAUGUCAACCAGAAGGCCAUGGAGAAGGUGCAGGCCGAGAAUGACAUGAAUCGCAAUAACACAAACUGGCGUGCUCGGGAUGAUCUGGACAUGGAGGUGGCGCUGCGUCCUCGCAUAAAUGCACCCGAUGUGGUCCGCUCUGCUUUAGGCCAGGGGGAGAAGAUCUCCGAGAAUACCAUUGAUAAUUUGCUAUUGGCACCCAAUAAAAUAGUCAUACCCGAGCGUUACAUACCAGAAACAACGCCUGAACUAUCGCCUGAGGAGAAGAAGCGUCGUCAGGAGAAGGUUGAGUCCAUUAAAAAGAUGCUAGCUGAAGCACCCAUAAGCAGCAAUGAGAACGAGACCCUUCCAGCCAGCAAGAUCACCGCGGAGAAGAAGCAACGAGAGCAUUUGCUGCAACUCAAUCAAAUCUUGGCCCAACAAGUCAUGCAAGUCAGCAAGAUUGUCGCUGAGAAAGCCAUGUCGAAGACGGCCAACGGCUCAUCAAACCAGAGCAGCGAUGAGGAGAGACGCUCGGAAUCACCAAGCGAUCCACUGCCGUUAUAUCAACAACGCGAUAAUUUUUAUAGUUAAGCGCCAAGUGACUACGAUUUACGAUAGAACACCGAUUAAAAGCGAUUUAAAUUAAGCACAAUAACAGCUGCAUUUAUCUUCAAAAUCAAACUAGAAACUUUGCUAAAAAAAUUUAAAUGGAAAUCAAUAUCAAUUGUUAAGUGACUGAAGUAAAAAACAAACAUAAAUUCUCAAAAGAAACAAUAUCAAAUCAAGAUUGAAGUUGAAUUAACGAAUUUUUUAAGGAGCAAAAGAACAACUAAUGAUUACUCCUAUAUACUCGUAUAUGCCUAUAUUAUAUACACACACACUGUCUCACACACAUACAAUACAUACAUACUGUUUAUGAAAAAGAUGCAACAUAUCAAUAAGCGUGUUAAUAAUCAAUUCAAACGAUGAUAAUUACAUUAAAUGUUAAAGCAACGUUCUCUUAAAGUGUAGCCAACAGUUUAUUGACUGUCGUCGCUUAGUAUAGCAAUAUUCAUAUCGCUAUAUAUACGUAUAAUGAUCUAUACUAUAUAUACAUAUAAAUGUAUCUCUAACUUCGACAUCAAUACUUGUUGUAUAGUUAAAGUGUACACGUUCCUGUGCGAGCUAAUUCAAUUAUUAAUAUUUAAAUAGAGAUCAAAAGAAGUGGUAAAGAAGAGCCAUCUUAUAUAUGUCUUGGUAACUAAAAACAAUAACUUUAAAGACUUUAAAAACAGACUUUUGAAGAGUAGCGCAUUUUUCCCCGUAUUAAACACCAUCCAAUAGAAACAAACAAUGACAACAAUUUUGAUGCCAAUUAUUGCAUUUGAUAGAAUACAAUUUUUAUGCUUAAAAAAAGCCAUCAAAAAUACAAAUCAAAAGCAACAAUAAUGCAAAUUGCAAAAUUAAAGGGCACCAAAUGGUAGUUAGGAACAACUAACAUCAUCUCAAAUCAGUCAAGUCCUAUUUAAAGGACAGCUCAAUUAACAGCAUUUCUAUGGCGCACUCUUAAGGCAUUUCGGCCAUUGGCAAUAUUUCAAAUGUACCUAUUACAUCAAACAUUUAAAACUUAAAACUUAAUAUAAUAAAAUUGUAUUAAAAGAAGGAGAAUAACAUAUAAAUGUGAAGUAUGAACAUGCAUAUAUUAAUUUUAAAUUACUCAUGCGUUAUGCUAAAUAUAUACAUACAUACAUACCUAUGUACACAGAUACACAAAUACAAAAAAAAUAAAUAUAUACACAAUUAAUUAAAUGUAGGUCAAUUAGCCAGGCAAUUAAUGAAAAAAAGAUAGAAUGAAAAAAAAUGCAACCAUACACAAUUACGAAAAAUAAUAUUCAAGAGUGUUUUUAAACAAUGCUAAAUCAAUGAUCUUAACUAUGCAAUUCACAGUUGUUGUCUGUAUAACUUUUAAAGUUAUUGAAAAUCCGAAUAUAAUUAUACAAAAUUUGAAUAUCGUAAAUAUGCAUAAUGUAAACACGAAAACAACGAUAAAUUGUUAAAUAUAUAUAUGAAUAUGCUUAUAUAUAAUACAAAAAAAAAAAAAACAAGAAAGAAAUACAAGCAAAUUGUACAAAUUGUAUUUUAAGUUAAUGUCAAGUUAUUAGCGUUUAGUUGUUACGAGCUUUAAGUUUUAUUUAUUGCUAAGUUUAUUAAUUAAUUUGCGAUUGAUUCAUUCAUCGCGUGAAUAUAUUUUAUAAUUACAUAUUAUUACGAGUACUCUCUAAUUAUAUCACACAAAUAACUUAUACAUUUCGCGGUGCUAUAUGUAUACAUAUGUAAAUGAUGCUUACAAUUUUUGCCCUUAGUUCAGCCAAGUCAAUUUAUAUGCUAGUUCUGGCAAGAUUAUCUAUGAGUAUCAAGCUAAUAUCAGAGUAUAAAUUGCACUGAGUUGCGAAUACUCUCCAAAUAUCGCAAAAAAAACAUAAGACACACAAUAUUUAUUGCAUAAAUACAUAAAUACAUACAUACGUACACUCGACAUAUUUAUGACAUUAUAUGAAAAAUGUUUGAAGCAAAUUGAAAACUGCGAAAAGACGAGAUAAAUGUUAUCAAUAAAGAAUAUAGUUGAAAAUUCAAAUCCA